CGGGACGGCGGUGGGAAGAUGGCGCCCCUUAGGAAGCCGGGUGAAGCCGUGGAGGCAGAAGGCAGCGCAGGGCGCCGGGGGAGCUUGGGAGUGGAGGACCUACUCUUCUGUUUGUUAAGGUGAACCAAGGGAGAGAAGAAACAAGGAGAUUUUAUGCCUGCUCAGCCUGUAGAGACAGGAAAGACUGUAAUUUUUUUCAAUGGGAAGAUGAAAAGGUAUAUCAACUUUUUGGAUAUAAAUUUUUAUUUUUGAUGUAUGUGAUAAUUGUAUUGAGAAUGUCCAAACCAAUAAAAAUGUUUGCAGUUUGAAUAUUACAUGAGAUAAAUUGGCAAGAGAGAUGGAGAUGACAGUAUUUUUUUGGUGUGAGAAAUUGGAGUUUAUAUCUGAACUUAGCCACUCUGUGGGAGAAAGACCAGGCGAUCUGCUUCCAAAAAGAUCACAGCCAAAAAAACCCUAUGGAACAAUUCUACUUUGUUACAUGGGGUCACUGUGUCGAAAAUGACUCCACGGCACCUAACAACAACAACAACUUGGAUUAUUGGUGUCUUGAACUACUGUCUCAAAAAAACUUAGUUUCUCUUAAGACUCCAAGGUGUUAGUUUUGGGAGGGCUUAUCCUCUAUUUGCAAAUGCCGAUUUCUCCUUAAACAGUCUAGUUCAUGAUCACUUCCAGGAAGUAUUAGGAAAGUACUUUGUCUGAACAUCUGGAUUAAACAUCCUUUAUACAGCUACUGGUUGACCCUAUGAAGGCAAUUGGAGGUACAGUUAUGAGCUUGUUGUCAGGAGCUAGACUUGCUGCCCGAGAAGCUCAUAACCAAAGAUGUCAGCCUCCCCUAACUCGAAUGCAGUGUGUGGAAAGGUACUUGAAGUUUAUUGAGUUGCCCUUGUCUCAGAGAAAGUUUUGUCAAAGAUGUCAGCAGUUGCUGUUACCAGACGACUGGGGAGAGCAUUGUGAACAUCAGGUCCUGGGUGAUAUUUCUGUCACCCAGUUGAAAAGGCCCAGUCAACUCCUUUACCCGUUGGAAAAUAAGAAGACAUAUGCCCAGUAUUUGUUUGCUGACAGAAGCUGUCGGUUCUUUGUAGACCUGCUGUCUAGCCUUGGAUUCAGGAGAGUGCUGUGUGUUGGAACACCGAGGUUGCACGAGCUGAUCAGGUUGAAAGCAUCAGAUGACAAGAAGUCUAACAUUAAAAGCAUUUUAUUGGAUAUUGAUUUUCGGUAUUCACAGUUUUAUAUGGAAGAUAGCUUUUGCCAUUAUAACAUGUUUAACCAUCAUUUCUUUGAUGGGAAGGCUGCCCUUGAAGAGUGCAGAGCAUUUUUACAAGAAGAUGAAGGCGAAGGAGUCAUUAUGGUGACAGAUCCUCCUUUUGGCGGCCUGGUUGAACCUCUGGCUAUUACAUUCAAGAAGUUAAUUGCUCUGUGGAAAGAAGGUCAAAGCCAAGAUGACAGUCACAAAGAACUACCCAUUUUCUGGAUUUUCCCCUAUUUUUUUGAAUCUCGAAUUCGUCAGUUUUUUCCAAGCUUCUGCAUGCUGGAUUACCAGGUAGAUUAUGAUAAUCAUGCACUUUAUAAACAUGGAAAGACAGGUCGAAAACAGUCUCCUGUGCGGAUUUUCACCAACAUUCCACCUAACAAAAUAAUCCUUCCUACUGAAGAAGGCUACAGAUUUUGCCCUCUGUGUCAACGAUAUGUUUCUUUAGAGAAUCAACACUGUGAGCACUGUGAUUCUUGCACAUCCAAGGAUGGCAGGAAAUGGAACCAUUGCUUUCUCUGCAAAAAGUGUGUAAAGCCUUCCUGGAUCCACUGUAGCAUUUGCAAUCACUGUGCUGUUCCAGACCAUUCCUGUGAGGGUCCUAAAGAUGGCUGCUUUAUUUGUGGUGAAUUAGAUCACAAACGCACCACUUGCCCUAACAUCUCCUUAUCUAAGAGAGCUAACAACACCUUGUUUUUCAGAGCUGUCAGGAAGCAGAAGCAAAGAAAAAGUAAUAAGAUGAAACUGGAGACCACUAAAGGACAAUCUAUGAAUCAUACAUCUGUUACGAGGAAAAAAAAGAGAAGGGAAAGAGCCCAUCAAUAAUCUUAGCUCUUAAAUGUCCAGUGACUUGAAAAUAAGAAAGAUUUAUAGUCCAGCCUUUGAUGCCAUUUUCUGAAAGUGCCACACUGGACUUAAAUUCAGUCACUUGCAAAGGUAUGUACCUGGCUAAGCCAGAUACAGGCAGGCAGCAUUUGCUGGUUUAUAGACGCCUCGUCCGCCUCUCUGAGAUGUGAGGAGUUGUUCUGUCCUUAGCUGGUUUACUAGCUCUCUCUGCAUGCCUUCUUUCUCUUUUCCAAUUGUACUGUUUUAGCCUCCUUUAUCUGAAAAAUGGGCAUACAAGCAUUCUUUUGCAGAAGGUGUCAGAAGAAAAUGAAAGUGAAAACUUAAGAGGUUUUGUUUACAUUGAACAUAAAAGUCUGUUAACUUAGAUAUGGAAAUGUUUGAAGUUAAAUUUUAAAAUAGUAUGGGAUGGUUUAAACUCUUCUUGAAAAGAAAUGUGCAAUGUACAAUUAUUUUCAAACUGCAUCUGGAGAUGAUGGAAAUAAUUUUGACCAAGGCACUCUAGAGAUAUAACUAUUAUAAUUACACUGACAUUACUAUUAAAUAUUUAUUUGUAAAGUACAUUUUGCAGUUGUCCUUCAAUGUACAGAAUCACUUAAGUGUUUAUUGAAUAAAUGAGACAUUUAAAAUUAUGACUUGCUCUGUCAACUUGGCUUCUUUUAA